UUUUCGCGCAUGCGUAGUGCCAGUGAAGUAGUUACAGGGACACGAUGGCAGCGGACAGUACCUUGGCGCUGUCUCUGGUGGAGGAAUUUGUGUCUGGACUGCAGGACAGCAAGGCCAAAGAUGCAGCAAAAGGUGUCAAAGAUGGGAAGUUUACAGUUCUGCAGCUGGUGGAAGCACUGGGGUCCAGUCUGACCAGUUCUCAGCCUCACACUCGAGCCCGAGGAGUCCUUCUGCUCUCUGAGGUUUUGCAGGAGUGCUAUAGAGAGCUUACAGAGAGAGAAGUGGAAGUGCUUAUUGCCUUCUAUGAAAACCGUCUGAAGGAUCAUUAUGUCGUCACACCUCCCGUCUUAAAGGGGCUAAAGGAGCUGACAAAGUGUACAAACCUGCCUCCUGGCUCAGCUGUGUCCAUGUUGAGGUCAGUGUUCCAGGACAUCCACGUACAGUCUCUGAUGCUGUCAGAGAGAGCAUGUGUUUACAGCAUGCUUAUCAACAUCAUGGAGACCAGAGAGGCGGAACUUAAGGGUUUGGGUGCCGACUUUGUCUUCGGGUUUGUGCAGUCCAUGGACGGGGAGCGAGAUCCUCGCAACCUCUUGUUGGCCUUUCAGAUUGCCAAAAACCUUAUUCACAGAGGCUAUGAGCUCGGUAAAUUCACAGAGGAACUGUUUGAAGUGACGUCCUGCUAUUUCCCAAUCGACUUCUCCCCACCUCCUAAUGACCCACAUGGCAUCACCAGGGAGGAACUGGUUCAGGCUCUGAGGGCCGUCCUUACUGGGACUCCAAAUUUUGCAGAGUUUCUGUUACCUCUCCUCAUCGAGAAGCUGGACUCAGACGUUCAGAGCGCAAAGCUGGACUCGCUGCAGACUCUGGCUGCUUGUGUGUCACAGUAUGAGCACAAGCAUGUGGCUGAAUUCCUGCAGGGACUGUGGACAGCAGUACGCAGAGAGGUGUUUCAAACCUCCAGCGAGAGGAUCGAGUCUGCAGGCCUCGCUGCUCUUACCGCACUCACUUCCUGUCUGUCUCGCUCAGUCCUCAGCUCUGACUCUGAGGACUCCCUCAGCACAUUCCUGGAUUUCAUUCUCACAGACUGCAAACAUCACCUGUGUGAACCAGACUUAAAGCUUGUAUGGCCGAGCGCAAAGCUCCUCCAAGCCGCCUGCAGCGCCUCCACUAGUGCGAGUCACAUCAUUACAGCUGCUGUCAUGCCAUCGCUACUUGAGCAAUAUAACAACAGAGCACAGUGUUCCCAUAGAAGGACAUUACUGGAGGUGGUGCAGCGAUUUAUCCAUUCAGUAAAAAACUGCCAGUCUUCAGACAAUGAUGAGAGUGUGUUUUUAGCCUUCCGAGAAGCUCUGUGCGGCGUCGUGUUUUCUGCUCUCUCUGAGAACAACUCCAGCCUGCAGAUCACUGCCACCUCUGUGCUCACAUCACUGGCACAACAAGCAGGUCUGCUGUUAGAAUCUGAUAUUGAGCUAGCUCUUGAUCAUCUGACCAGACUGCUGCUGAUUGAAGAGGAUGACAGAGUCAGUCUUGCUGUGGUGGAGUGUGCUGGAGCCUUAGCACAGCUGCACCCGGGACUCGUCAUCUCCAAACUGAUUCCAAGACUAAAGAACGAGAUGUAUACUGAGCCCAUGAAUCAAGACCAAGGGGAGGCUUCUGAACUACAUUCCCAUCAUGCAGUGCGUCAGCGGUGUUUGUCAGCUCUGGCUGCAGUGUCCAUCCAACCCAGUGUUGUCCAGGAGAGCACACCUGUCCUCCUGGAGGUCCUUCGUUCAGCACACACAGGUGAUGUUAGUUUUUCAGUGGAUGAGGUGGUGCUGACGUGCCGCAGCCUUCAGAGAAUAGCAGAGCAGGUCCAGGACACCGAGGAAGCGGGACGCUGCUUCCACAACAUCAUCAUCCCACACCUGUUGUCUCUGGCGCUCCAGGCAGCACUGCAGGGUGAGGGAUCAUCUGGAACUCCUAGUCCUCUGGUAGAGGAGGUGGUCUUGUCUGCCAUGGUUCCUGUCAUCAGCACUUCCUGCUCCAGACUGCAGCCCACCCUGGCGGGGCAGACGGCGUCGAGAGCUGUGUCUCUCUUCCUGGAUGGCGAUGUCUCUUUUUUGCCUGACAACUCGUUCCCUUCACACAUGCAGCUUCUCAAGAAGCAGGAGGGGGAUUCCUGGAGCCUGUCUCGGCUGGUUUGUCUGCUUAUGGGCAGUGUGUGUUCUCUACCUCGCAGCGUGGAGGUGCCCCAGAUUGACAAACUGCUGUCGGCACUGGAGGAGAUGAGCUGCACUUGCAGCCACCCGCUGUCAUACACGUCAGCUGCAAAGUGCUUUGCUGGCCUGGUCAACAAGAAACCACAGGGAGAUUCCCUCGACAGCCUAAUUCAGAGGACGGUGAAGAGAGUGUGCAGCGAGCUGGACUCACCUUCCUCCUCUAUUCACACUCAGGCAUUUACACUUAUGAUCUGGGUUUCCAAGGCUCUGCUUCUGCGAUACCACCCUCUGUUCACAACACUGACCGACAAGCUCUUCUCUCUGCUCGACGAUGCCGGUUUAGGUCCGAUGGCGGCGGCAGACGGCUUCUCUCUACUCAUGAGUGACUCCACCGACGUCCUGAACAGAGCUUGCCACGCUGAUGUACGCAUCAUGUACCGCCAGCGCUUCUUCAGCGAGAACAAAGCCAAGCUGGUGCAAGGGUUCAACGCUGCACCCCAAGAGAAGAAGCUCAACUACCUGAAAGCUUUAUCUAACAUCGUCAAUAAGCUGCCCAAGCAGGUUCAAGUCACUGAACUUCCAGCGCUUCUUUCUCUGCUGCUGGAAGCCUUGUCGUGUCCUGAUCAGGACAUUCAUCUGACAACUCUGUCCUGUCUGGAGCCCGUCCUCGUCAACCCACCACAAGUUCUCAUACAGCAGCUGGAAGCUUUGGUCAACAGGCUGCUGGCCCUCCUCUGCAGUCCAGCUAUGAGUGUACGGAUUGCUUCGCUGUCCUGCAUCAGCGCUCUUUCCUACUUCCCUGUACAUGAGGUGUUGCCAUUUCGGGCCCGAGUACUUCGAGCGCUCGCCAAACCUCUGGAUGACAAGAAGAGGCUGGUGAGGAGGGAGGCGGUUCAGGCCAGAGCACAGUGGUUCCUCUUAGGAAGUCCUGGUGGAAGAUGAUUUCCCCCCUAAUCACCACCAAAUUACAGAUACCAAGUAGCAGAGCUGUGCUGCUCACUCAACGGCUCACCCUCUGCGGGUAAGCUCUCCAGCAGCCUCCACCCUCGAGGAUCUCCCAGCUUCCUUCUGCCCCUCCUACUCUUCCCCUUUAUACUGAAAUGUUUUAACUGUCUGUAUUUUCACAAACGCACAAGUAAGACUGUAUAGACUAACGCACAUAAAUCUGAUGGCAGAGCUUAGUCAAAAGAAUGAAAUGAGUGUUUUGUUAUUAUGCAGCACGCCUCAUGAAUAUUGUUGUCCUGUUGGACCAAACAGUCACAUGAAAUGAGAUGACGUCAUUUUGAUUGGGAAAUAUUUCACUGCUGAAGGUGCAAAAAUUUCAAAAUGAGAUUUUAGGCGUAUUUAUAUUUUAGGUUUUACAGCUGGUAAAAUCAUAUAUGCAUUAAGGUCAUAAUGAAGGGACACUUUGGUCAGCUAACAAAAUAACAAAAACCACUUACAAAGAUCAUGUAAUCAUUUGUGUUUCUUCAGAAUGUCUCAAAUCUAGUGUUACUGUCCUGAGAUCAUGAACAUCUGUCAGUAGGCACCAUAAUGAGGUAGUGCCAGGGAAUUGGAUUUUUCAGCUCCUGUAUAAAAAGAAGCAAUUUUUUCCCCCACUGCAUAUAAAAGCAGAGAGCGUGACGCUGACAAGGCGUCGGUGUGACGCUAGAUCUGCCUCGAUGCCUUUUAAGUAGCAGCCAUUAUUUCAGCAGAUUUGAGAACUGUAACGUAGCAGAAACUUGGAUACUUAACAGUGGUUAACACACUGUGUCCCAGCAAUUUCACACUGCAGACAAAGCAGGCACCUACUCCAGUCUUGGAACCACUUUUCUUCCAACCCCCACAGCAGUGGAAGACACAUCAGUGACCUUUUUACACUCAUGUGAAUGUAUACCUGAGCAGUGACGUCUCUAACCGAUGUUGAGACUUGCUAGAAUAUGAAUGUGCCAACUGUUCAUGGAUCGAGCGUGAAAGCUUCCGCUGACUGAAAUGUUAGGAUACUUUUUACAGAAUGAAAUAUCCGUUUAGGUUAA